AUGGCCCCCAUGGCCCCCAGGUGGAAGUUCGAGGCCGUCCCAGACGUCUUCAAGGAUCUCUCCGAGCUCCAGACCGAUCCAAAGGACAAGGUGACGACCCAGCCUGGCCUCGGUCUCCUCUCACGCUCCUACCCCACCGAUGACAUGCACGAAAAAGGGCAGCAGGAGGAGAGUGACUGGACGCGUCUUGUCCGCUACGUCGCGGCCUUGAACGGCGAGGCCUCAUCCGACGUGCGGCACAAGGUCCUCUACCUGACGCGACACGGCGUCGGCUACCACAACCUCAAGAGCGCCGAAGUGGGCGAGGACGCGUGGAACAAUCACUGGUCGCUCAAGGACACAGAUGGCGUGACCACCUGGUUCGACGCCUUCCUCGCCCCCGAGGGCGAGACCCAGGCCAGAGAACUGAGCACAUUCUGGUCCGCGCUGACGACGUCGGCGGCCCAUGGGGCACCCCUCCCGCAAAGGGUGUACACGUCUCCGUUGUCGCGGUGUCUCCAAACGACAGAGUUUGUCUACGGGCCCCUGUUUCCCAAGGCGCAGUUCCACCCUAUUAUCAAGGAGGAUCUGAGGGAGAGGUGGACGUUGCAUACGUGUGACCGACGACGCCCGAGAUCGUGGAUCGCGGAAAACUGGGAAUCCAAGGGGUAUGUCUUGGAGGCUGGCUUUACCGAAGAGGACGAGUUGGCCAAGAAGGAUGAGAGGUGCGAGAGUGACGCGGAGCAUGGCGCGCGAAAGCAGCGUGCCCUGGAGGAUGUGUGGAAUGCGGAUCAGGGCGACGAGUUUGUUGCUCUCGUGUGUCACUCCAUGGCCAUCAGGGCCAUUCUCGCUGUCGUCGGGGCCAACUUGUUCAGGGUGCGGGAGGGUUCGAGCAUAGCGUUGCUCGUCAAGGGCACAAAGAUGGGCUAG